GUGUGUCAUAAAAUGGCGGGAUGAACUUCUAGCUGGAUAUUGGUGGUCGGUCUCGUUUCGAUAUCGAGCUCUGGAACAUUUUCUUGCUAGACACAGUGAAGACAGCAUUCCAUUAUCCCGCAAAUGAAGAAAGAGGAAAUAAAAGGAAUCUUGGCUACUUCGCAGCUCCUCGUCCAAACUUUGAAAUUCUGGAAGCAAGCUGAGGGAAGGUGUCCCCAACUGCCUGCCAAGCCUCUCCAAAUUCUACAAGGGUCGCGAGCAGGGUGGUGACGACUUACAUUCAAUUUUUACGACAGCUCCUCCACCCUCCUUCAGCUUCUCUUCUUACAACUAUAUUCUUUGCGUUGAGUGGUCUGUCAGCGCCUUCCCCUGUUGCGACUUGAUCCAGCGGCACUUCAUAGGUCCACGUCGGGGCUUCUCUUUCCGCUCAGUCUUUGCUUACUUCUGGGGGUGCUCAUAAGUAAAUGAGCAGUCAAACCGACUUAUCAACAUAAUGCCAAAGGCCAGGGCAGACCCUAAGGUCGUGGGCACUGCAGGUGCCACCGAGACCAACCCGCCCACAGCCAAGUCCAGUAUGAGUGAAGACGAGUUGGCCGCACACGAUGCCCAGCUGAAAUCUGAACGAGAAGCCAGAUUCAGCGAUUAUGUGCGUGUUUUCUCAUAUGCGAAACCAUGGGACUUUGUUCUGAUGGUUAUGGCGGCUGUAGCUUCUAUUGGAGCCGGUGUCACGAUGCCUCUGUUAAACGUCGUGUUUGGUCGACUCGUUGGUGACUUCAAUGGAUACUUCAUGGAACCGCCUAGAGCGACGCAAGCUCAAUUCGACGCGUCUCUUAAUCGUAAUUCCUUGUACAUUUUUGCUUUGUUCAUCGCGAAAUUCGGCUUGAAUUAUAUCGCCAAGUUCUCCUUGCGCAUGAUCGGGAUCCGCAUGUCAGCCGGCAUUCGACUGGACUACCUCAAAUGUCUAUUCAGCCAAACUAUCCACGUUCUGGACUCGAUGCUGCCUGGUGCGGCGGCCGGAACUAUCACAUCAACAGCUAACACGUUACAAUUGGGCAUCUCGGAGAAACUUGGAAUCUUUCUUGAGUUUAUGGCGACCAUCAUUGCUGCCAUCGUCGUCGCUUUUUCUACUAACUGGGCACUUACCCUGGUGACUUGCUCCGUUCUCCUGUUCAUCCUCCUAUCGUUAGGGAUCACGCUUCCACUCAUCCUCAAGGAAAAUGCCAAACAGACUGCUGCCGAGACCAAAUCUUCUUCAUUAGCCAGCGAGGCUUUCAGUAGUAUUCGCAUGGUUACCGCAUGCGGAGCUGAGGCACAAGUGGUCAAACGGUUUGCUGCGUGGGCCGACGUAGGCCAGCGGCAUGGUCAGCGAAGUGCGAUCCCGAUGGGCACCCAGUUUGGUCUAGUCUUCUUUGCUUUAUAUUCAGCUUUCGCGCUGACGUUCUGGUAUGGCACGAAGUCAUACAGCGAAGGACGUGUCGGAGAUGUCAGGGACGUCGUUGUCGUGUUGAUGUCGGUGAUGCUCAUGGUCAUCUCCCUCGAGAGGAUAUCAACCCCUCUUCUGGCUAUCAGCAAGGCCAUGGUAGCUGCUUGCGAAUUCUUCACGGUGAUCGACGCCCCAAAACCCGAUCAGGGUGAACUCAGGGGGCCGGAUGUCUCGGCGACGAACGACAUUCACUUCAGAGAUGUUCACUUCGCGUAUCCGACUCGGCCACAUGUAAAGGUCCUCGAUGGCUUGAACUUAGUGAUCAAGUCUGGAAAACUUACCGCAAUUGUUGGGCCUUCAGGGUCCGGGAAGAGUACCAUUGUUGGCUUGAUUGAGCGCUGGUACACGUUGCACAACCAAAUCGUCAUUGCAAAGGCUGUUGACCCGGAGCAAGAGAAGAAGAAAAAGCUGGAGCAAAAGAUGAUGGAGAAAGCCAAAGGUAAGGCAAGCGACGAGGAAGAAAUGGUGCCGGUCAUGAAUUCCGAAGAGAUUGGCCCCCCUGUCGCGUUGAAAGGAUCUGUGUCGACUUCGGGUCAUGAACUGGAUGAAAUCAAUUUGAAGUGGUGGAGGUCACAGAUCGGACUGGUCCAACAAGAACCCUUCCUGUUCAACGAUACCAUCUACAACAAUGUCGCACACGGGUUGGUUGGUUCCGUCUUCGAAAAUGAGAGCGAAGAGCGCAAAAAAGAGCUUGUCAUCCAGGCUUGCCAGGAGUCUUUCGCGGAUGAGUUCAUCGACAGGCUACCUGAUGGCUACAACACUGCAGUUGGUGAUUCAGGGACUAAACUCUCUGGCGGUCAACGACAACGUAUCAGUAUCGCUCGCGCAGUCAUAAAGAAGCCCAAGAUCCUUAUCCUCGACGAAGCCACCUCGGCCAUCGAUGUUCGGGGAGAACGAAUUGUGCAAGCGGCACUGGACAAAGUUUCCCGUGGGCGCACGACCAUUACUAUUGCACAUCGGCUAUCUACCAUCAAGAAGGCCGAUAAUAUCGUUGUACUCAAGAAGGGGCGCGUCGUCGAGCAAGGUACACACCGCAGUCUGCUAGAAAAGCAGGAUAGCGCGUACUACGGUCUGGUUCAUGCACAAAAGCUCUCCCUUGGCGAGCCAACCGAGGCCAGCGAUUUGGAUGAACCUGAAGAGGAGACCCUCGGGGCCAUUUUGUGUCGCGAGAAGCAUGUCGCCGUGUCGAAUUCCGACAACAGAGAAGGUAAGCUCCAGUACAAGACUAAAAGUCUGGCUGGAAGCUUUGGGAGGCUGCUAUAUGAGCAGAGAAGUCGUUUCCCACAAUACGGGCUGACAAUACUCUUCUCAAUAUGCACUGCCACGGCAUCUCCGGUGCAGGCGUAUCUCUUCGCCAAGAUCGUCGUCGUUUUCCAAUAUCCCCCUGAAUCUGCCUCUUUCUCUCGGGAGGCUAAUCAUUGGUCGCUGAUGUGGUUCGUCCUGGCAUUGUGCGUUGGUUUCUCGUAUUUUGUCCUUGGAGUUGUGUCGGUCCACCUAGCACACUACAUCUCGGUGACGUAUCGAAAGCAAUAUUUCCAGGGGCUGUUAUACCAGAAGACGGCUUUUUUCGACGAGGAAGAAAAUUCGAUGGGAACACUUACCGCCCGGGUUGGUAGCGACCCGAAACAGCUCGAAGAACUCCUCGGCUUGAACAUGGCUAUGGUUUACAACUCCAUCUUUGUUCUGCUUGGAUCGCUGGCGAUUGCUUUCGCCUUUGGCUGGAAGCUGGCUUUGGUUGCGCUAUGUGUCACGGUCCCUUUGGGGUUGCUGGCAGGCUAUUUCCGCCUCCAGUACGAAAUCGAGUUCGAGAAGAUGUACGGGGCAGUAUUCGCCGAAAGUAGCAAGUUCGCUGCCGAGUCCAUCGGUGCAUUUCGCACGGUGGCGUCUAUGACUCUAGAAGAUACCAUCACCACGCGCUAUGACAAGCUUCUCAGCCAUCACGUCGUCACAGCCCACAAGAAAGCCCGAUGGACGACGCUGGUCUUCGCACUGUCGGACAGUAUCGACUUGGGAUGCCAGGCGCUCAUCUUCUGGUACGGCGGUCGUCUCCUUUCGACCAAGGAAUACUCGCCCCUGAACUUCUUUGUGUGUUACAUGGCCGUCAUCCAAGGUGCCAACGCGGCAGGCCAAGGUUUCGGCUACGGACCCAACGCAGCGCAGACCCGCGCCGCCGCCAACCGCAUUCUCAGUGUGCGCGAGUCCAAGAACACGGACACCAAGGAAAUGGCGCACAUCCCCAACAUCCAAGGCGGGGUCCAGAUCGAGCUGAGAGACGUCCACUUCAAGUACCCAACCCGGAACGUGUCCAUAUUUAAGGGUGUCAAUCUUACCAUCGCAAAGGGCCAGUUUGCUGCCCUAGUCGGCGCUUCUGGCUGCGGCAAGACGAGCAUCAUCUCGCUACUAGAACGCUUCUACGACGUGAAUCGUGGGAAGAUCCUCGCAAACGGCAUUGACAUUACGGAUUUGAAUGUGUACGAAUACCGGAAGCACCUUUCACUCGUCGCUCAGGAAGCCAGCAUUUUCCAAGGCACGCUCCGCGACAAUAUUCUCCUCGGCGUUGAUCCCAAGAAGGUCACGGACAAGGAGCUGCAUGCCGUCUGUCGCGAUGCGUCAAUCCACGACUUUAUUAUCUCGUUGCCCGAUGGAUACGACACCGAAGUAGGCAGCAAAGGUGUGUCGCUGUCUGGCGGCCAGAAACAGCGGGUAUCCAUUGCACGCGCGCUUGUUCGCAGGCCAAAUAUCCUGCUCUUGGACGAGGCGACAAGCAGUCUCGACUCGGAGAGCGAGAAGCUUGUCCAAAAGGCAUUUGAAAGAGCGGCGCGUGGGAGGACCAUGAUCGUCGUUGCGCAUCGUUUGGCCACGGUCCAGAAUGCGGAUGUCAUAUUUGUGCUGGGCGAGGGCAAGGUGUUGGAAAAGGGCAAUCAUGCUGAAUUGCUGAAGAGGAAGGGGGUGUAUUGGAAUAUGUGUCAGAGCCAGGCUCUAGACCGGUAGGGAAUGGGGAUUGUGUAGAGACAAUUGGUAUUGCGCUUGUUUAUCAUGGGAUUUGGUCAUCGGGUUAAAAAGUCUUCACUUCUCUUAUAACAUAUCGGUAUACGAAACAGGCAGAUAUCAUAUAAGACUCUGCGUACCCUCAUCUCAUCUUUGCAUGUUAUUUACUUCAACCUUUAACACAUAGCCCAGGAAGCCGCCGCUAUAAGGGUUUCAAAAUUUCAGGACACAUUGGCAUUGGAUUCUUUUUGGGGUGACUUAAAUGUCACGGUUACUCCAACUGAAUUGUCCUAUGGUACUCAUCAGGAGGAUAAAGUUGAUGACUCUGAAUGGAUAUCGAUUUGACCGCUAUGCCUGCUCUACGCGUUAUGCUACGUAGGUUAGUAUCGAGAGGCUCUUUAAGGUACUCUCACUCUGGAGUAAGCGAGG